AGUACAGACUCGCAACCACAAAGCUUCCAGUUCUGGCGUAGGCCUAUGCGAUGCAAAGUCAUCGUCGUCUCUGAUUGCUGCUCGGCAGAACUCCGGUCCAGUUAUUGCAGCCGAUUUUGCCUCAAAAGUUUCGGCCAUCUCCAGCGACCGCCGCACAGGUUCUCACAGGUUCCUCCAGCUCUGAAAAGUGAAAAGCAUCAAUGGUGGUGCAAGGUGUUGCAUCGGGCUUAUCUGUCGCAGGCUGGAUCAUGUCGCCUAUCGUCUCCAAGCUUCUUGACAAAGUCUUGUCCUACUGCAAAUCCGACAAAGCGGAGACGCUUCGUCACCUGUUGACGGACGUUCUCCCUCGACUGGCGCUUACUCUUGAAGCAGCAGAGGCCAUAAAUCAUAGGAGACUCUUCGAGGAGAUGGUGAGGGGCCUCAAAUCUGCUUUCUAUGACAUGGAAGACAUCCUUGAUGAACUGGAGUACAUCCGUCACCAAAAGAAACUGGACAAACAGAAAAAUCUCCAUCAAAAAAGAGAGAAGAAAAGGCCCAAAGUUACUUUGGAUGAUGAAGCUGGCUCCUCAAACCAGGAUAUUUGUAUCCGGCCGAGUUUGAUUCUCCCAGCAUCUUUAAAUGUUCGUUUGAAGCAUAACAUGGCCACCAUAGAAAAACUCAUUGUUGCAGCUCAGGGUAUUAUUGCACUGGCAAAGCCAGCAAGCAAGAGUUAUACUGUUACUGCGAAAAAUAUACAUACACGCACUACUUCAGCUCCAACAGUAGUGGUAACUGGCCGAGAUGACGAUCGUGACUGGAUAACAGAAAUGCUCCGUAAUACAAAAGAUGAUGUCAAUCCAAGCUCAAGUAACACUAAAUGUUUCUCUGUGAUUGGCAUUUAUGGCAUUUCAGGGUCUGGGAAGACAACCCUCGCACAACAUGUUUGCAAGUAUGAGGAAAAUAACGACUAUUUCGACCUUGUUAUGUGGGUUCAUGUUUCUAAGAACUAUAGUGUCAGUGACAUUUUCAAGGAGAUGUUUGAGUCAGCUUCAGUGGAUAAAGACAAAGCAUGCCCUACUUACAAUAGCCUUGAUGUCCUGGAAAAGGAAUUGGAGAAUAAACUAGAUGGCAAACGAUUUCUCUUGGUACUGGAUGAUAUCUGGUGCAAUAAGGAUGCCAGUGAGCAGCAGCUACCUAAGUUACUUUCUCCUUUGAAGGUUGGGAAGAGAGGAAGCAAGAUCUUAGCAACAAGUCGCAAUAAAGAUGCAUUUUCAGACCUAGGCCCUGGUGUGGCACGCACUGUUUUGCCAAUACCUGCCUUUGAUGAACAAGUCUUCUUGGAACUGUUUAUGUAUUAUGCCCUUGAAGGUGUAAAUGUAGAUGAUCCAGAUCAAAUAGAACUCAGAGUUAUCGGUUCUGAAAUUGCAAAGAUGCUGAGAGGAUCACCUCUGUCAGCCAGCACAGUGGGAGGGCAUCUACGUAAAAGACAAAAUGAUGUUGACUUUUGGAGAGAAGUCCGAGAUCGGGAUCUUCUGAAUGAGACGACGGGGGCCCUGUGGUGGAGUUACCAGCAUCUUGAUGAGCAGGUCAGGCGAUGCUUUGCUUACUGCAGUAUUUUCCCAAGGAGACAUCGUUUGAACCGUGAUGAGUUAGUCAAACUGUGGGUGGCAGAGGGGUUCAUACAGACUACUAAUGCAGAGCAGGACAUGGAAGCAGUUGGUCGGGAUUACUUUGAUGAGUUGUUGGCUACCUCAUUUGUGCAACCAGGAGGAUACUACCUAGGCAAUUCUUACUAUUUAGUCCAUGAUCUUAUGUAUGAUUUAGCCGAGCAGGCAGCGGGGAGUGAUUGCUUCAGAAUCGAGAAUGGCUCAAGAAAAGAAGUUCCUCAUGAUGUUCGCCAUCUUAAUGUGGCAAAUGCAGCAAUGGUUAAUGAGGAGAUUUUUAAAUUGAAAAACUUGCGCACCCUCAUUAUUGAAUAUGAUUAUGAGCAGUGGCUUGCAACAGUAAACAAAGGUUUCUUUGAGAAAGUGUUUGAGAAGCUACGGAAAUUGCGGGUACUGGCCGUAAAAAUCUCAUGGAUUGGAAUCAGGGGUGGAGGAGUGCUCAAAAUCCCAGAAGCUAUUGGGCAUUUAAAGCAUCUACGCUAUCUUGCUUUAAUGAUGCUCGAACAAAAGCUAAUUUUACCAAUAACAUUUACCAAUCUUUACCAUCUGCAGACUGUAAAGUUUAAUAAUUACAGUGUAUUAGAAGUUUCCUCUGCCAUGGAUAUGGGUAACCUCACUAACUUGCAGCAUAUCAUCGGCGAGAUAGAAGUCCUUUUUCCGAAUAUUGGCUGGUUAACAUCACUACAAACACUAGAAUCAUUUGGAGUAUGGACGAAACAGGGGUAUGAGUUAAAACAGCUGGAGCGGCUAAACAAGCUUCGGGGCAGUCUGGCAAUCCUAAAUCUUCAUAAUGUUAAAAGCAAGAAUGAAGCACAAGAUGCAAAGCUGGCUGAUAAGAAAGGACUGGCAGAAUUGCGACUGUCCUGGGUUAAUCAUUUUUAUACAAACGCAACACCAGAAGUUGAAGCAGAGGUACUUGAAGGUCUUUGCCCACCCAAUGAUCUCAAAAUUCUGGAAAUCUGGGACUACCACGGUCUGAGGUGCCCAAGUUGGAUGGUGAGCAAGCAGAACGGCGGACCAAAAUACCUUCGUAAACUUUGGCUCGAAGGAUGCAGUCGACUGGGACCUGCCCCUGAAAUUUUUGAGGUUUUCAUCCAUCUCCGUGAGCUCAUUAUUACAAGCUGCAUCAACUGGGACCAUUUGCCAGACAAUGUGAAGGACCUUAGGUGCCUCAAGAGACUAGCAAUUAUUCGUUGCUCGUAUUUUAAAUCGAUUCCAGAACUUCCUCGGUCUCUUCAGGAGUUUGAAAUAGAGGCCUGCGAUGAAGUGUUCAUGAGGUCGUGCAAACAAGAAGGUGAUCCAAACUGGCAAAAGCUUCAGCACGUCAAGGUGAAGAAAAUUGGUGGUAUUUGAACCUGCUCUCCCAUUGACAAUGACAUGUUGAGAGGCUUCAUACUAUAUAUGUGGACGAGCUGAAGAAGAGGCAUCCGUACGAAUUGACCGUGUAGCGAUUUCUGGUUCUCUGUAUGGCCUUGUCACUAGGUGUUAUAUACUCGUACUACCGCGUGUUACAGACGAUGUGACAUGUUUGGCAUGUUUUGUAAGUAACGUCAAGUUGUUGAACACCGGAUUACUGGUUUUAUUUGCUUCCUACGGUUUGUAGUAUCGUGGAAUGAAGAACACACAUGGGUUUGUUUGUUCUUUGA